AUGGACCUUAGCAGUCGCCCUCUCACCAAACGACCAAGAGCAUCGAUAGCCUGCAACGCGUGCAGGCAGACCAAGUCCAAGUGCGACGGUGCCAAUCCGGCGUGUGAACGCUGCCUAAGGCUUCAUCUCGAGUGCACAUACUCAUACAAUGUCCGAGACAAACGUCUCAAUCGACAAGCAGAACGCAGAGCCAACUUUGAGCUCCGGAGUAGAGUGAGUGAGCUGGAGGCUCGUCUCGCCGCAGCCUCGCAAAACCCAGACCCUGCCGACGCAAACGCAUCUGAGGGCAUUCACAUCAACCUAUCAGACGCCGAGGUUUCUCCUCACUUGCCAGACAGCAUUCAUGAGACAGAAAUGCAAAGAGAGAAUACUGCAACGGAGAGUUCGGAUAAGUCUGAAUCUCGGAUUGACGUGUUGGCUGCAGGUGUCUUUGAUCACCCAUCAUCAGGGAGCAGCAUCUGCUAUUUUGGAUCGAGCUCUAAUCACGCCUUGUUCUGGUCUCUGACGGCAAGCAUUGCAAACUUGGGCCAUCGCAGUAGCCGUCUGCAUCAAGAACCUUUACGAGCAGUUCAAGCACAUACCGGUCCUGCGCAUCUUCCGCACCCCGCCUCGUCUUCAAUCGCCCACUACGGGAGCGUUGAUGAGGUUGAUAUAGUAAAUACUCCUGGUCGAGAUGAGGCUAUGAAUCUGAUCUCACGAUUUUUCGAUACCGUCGGCGCUGUCCUGCCUUAUGUCAACCAACCUGCCCUGUUAGAUAGCUUUGACAAGAUUGCUGGACCUUCAGAAUCACAUCCGAAAUCGUCGAAUCGUGCGGUCAAAGCUUUACGGAGUAUCAUAUUUGCGCAUGCACUUUCUACUCGGGAUGCUGCUGCUGCAGAGCCACUUUACCGGCGAACUUUGAGUCUAUUGGAUCCAAAGACGUUAUACGCGCCCAGUCUCGAGCUACUUCAGGCACUUUUACUUCUAAGCAUCUUUCAGCAAAAUAGCCAGCGCUCUACCGAAAGCUGGACAACACACUCACUUGCUGUCAAAGCUUCCUACCAACUUGGCAUUCACGCCCCUUCAUCGUACGGCCAUCUAACAGCUUCCGAGAAAGAACUCCGUUCAAGUCUUUGGUUCGCCACCGUUAAUCAAGACAGGAUGCUGAGUUCAGCUCUUGGACAACCAUGCAUGAUACCUCUGCAGCACGUUCGCUCUGAUAUACUGCAUAUGCUAGUAUCUAUGCGCCAACAAAGGACCGUCGAGAUGCAGUACUCGCAAGAAAAUCUAGAAUACUUCCACAAUAUUGUGUACUCUACUCCCCCGAUCCUCUUCAUUGCUAAUCCGCUAACGCUGCAUCUUUCCAGAAUGCUACAUGGGAUCAUGGGUGUCGUAAUGGAGUCUGUAUGUGGCUCGAAUAUCGAUCCUUCGAGCUCUAUAAAAACCGACGAACUUCUCGGGAAAACUCUAGAGCUCUCGUUGAGACUAGAGAAAUGGCGCAGCAGCACUUCACCUCGCUCGAUCCUGGAAUCUGAUGUCAACUUCAGUUCGUGGACUGAGUGUGACAUCGAAGCACAAAGAAAUUCGAUUUUACUUUCAAUAUUCUAUUACCGAACAGUGCUUCUCGUUCAUGGGUGUCUUCUCAUGUCUAUCCUCGAAGCCGCUACACGCAAGGAUCAGCAGGCAGUCUCAGAAGUGCUCAAGAACACUGCUGCAAGUCUCUUGAAGGAUGAUUUCACAGCAACCAACAAUUUCUGUCACCUCAUUCGUGGCUUGUUAGCUUACAGUCCAACUUUCUUCAAGAGCAAUGCGAUCUGGUGGACUUGUAACUAUGCAGCUCUUACUAUAUGUCUUCACACGUUUGCCUUCUGGCUAGCUUCAACUAGCCCCGAGGCCGAAUUCAUUGCCUGUGGGCACAGCAGCUUUCAGCUGGAAGUCAGACUACGCGCCUGCCUAGACAUGCUACGGGCGAUAGGAGCAUCUAGCGCCAUGAGUGUGAAGGCGCACCGUUGUCUACAACGUCACCUAGACUUUUUGAUAACCAGCACAAGGAUGCCUGUUCCAACAGACCACGGAUCAGAUCCUCCAAUGAUACCGCAUGCUGUCACGCGCGCUCAGGAGCCAGGUAACUUAUCCGGUCAAGUUCACGGGGAGUUGAUGACAAGUGUACUCGAUGAUCCUGUGACCGGCUUGUUCAGUGACCUCAAUGUUCCCACUUUUAACAAUGCCGAUUUCGUUGACUUGGACCUGCUAGGAAUCACAGACUUCGACGCAGCAGGCUUGAUAUGA